AGCUACCUGCGCGCGGGCGGGGCUUAUUCAAACUCACAAGCUAGCAGUUGUUGUUAGCCACGAAUAAGAUGGCUCGGCUUUUAGCUGAAGUUUUUGCGGAGGACUCUGACAGUGAUAGAACAUUUUAUGGCUUUUCUGACAGUGAAGUUAUUGAGAAGGACUGUGAAGCUGAAGAUGACCUCCAGCCUGACCUUUCCCCCAGGCAGCAGAAACCCACAUCAAAACCAUCUGCUGGUCCCCAACCGUUCAGGCUGAGGGUGGCGCUCCGCUCUGCUUCAUCUACCCUGCAGUCUGAUGAAGAGGAGGAGGAGGGAGGGAAGAGGGCAGAAAAGAGAGGGGCGAAGAAGGCAGGAAAGACAAGACGUGUUAAGUUUGAAGAUGAGGAGGCAGCGGUGGCCUGGCCGGAUCCUGGAUCUGAUUUGGCAGAGGAUGCGUCGCACUCUUUCCUGGCCAAGAGAGAGCAGAACAUCAAGGCCAACAAAGCCAUGCUGGCUCAGCUGAUGGCAGACCUGCACAAAAUGCCAGGAGGUGCAGCGUUCAUGAAAAAACAGGCGGGCAAACAGAAGGCAAAAGAGAGAAGCUCUCGUCCACCUCGCUCCGGUGCAGCUGGAGAAGAGUCCAGGAGGAACCCAGAGCGGGCGUCCCGCAGACAGACCCGCUCGAUGGGGGGAGUCGAGAAUCCAUUAACCCCAAAGGAGGAAGAACUUGAGCAGAGUUUAGAAGAGGAGCUGCUGGAGGUUCGCAGAGCCCCACAGCGCCGAGGUGCCCCGCGGCCAAAUCAGUGCAAACCUCAUUUCAUCCGUCCUGUGGAAGACAUCACGGAGGAUGAGCUGCUGCUGGUCGCAGACAACAUGACUGAUAAAGUCUACAACAGACAAACAGGCUCCACGUGUCAUCAGUGCCGUCAGAAAACUGUUGACACCAAGACGUGCUGCCGCAGCGAGGACUGUCGGGGGAUUCAGGGUCAGUUCUGCGGGCCGUGCCUGAGGAACAGAUACGGAGAGGACGUCAAGAAGGCGCUGCUCGAUCCGGAGUGGAAGUGCCCUCCCUGUCGAGGCAUUUGCAACUGCAGCUUCUGCCGUCAGCGUGAGGGCCGCUGUCCGACCGGCAUCCUCUUCCCCCUGGCUCAGUACCACGGUUUCUCUGACGUCCACUCCUACCUCAGCAGCCUCCGUAGCAAACUGAAGAGCGAGAGUGACGAUGUAGAGAUGUGAUUUCACCACUAGGGGGAGCAACUGUUCGCCAUGUUUUAUUUGCUCUGUGCGGAAGUUUUCAGUGUUGGUUUUAGUUAGAAUAGAAUAGAAUAGGCUUAGGGUUGAGAUUUUAAAUGAAUAAAGUGUUUUUCUGGUCAGCUGAGUGUCGUGUUUGUCAGACUGAGACAAAGAAAUGAGACAAAGUAUAUUCAUAAUUUUAAUCCAGCUGUUGGCAUUUGCAGUAGUUGUAUACACACAAUAUAAAAUCCCUUAUUUAAAACGGGGCAAAAAAAAAAAAAAAGUUAAGAGCACUUGUUGUCUGAUGAACUUACUCUAUAGAGUUUCAAAGGAUAGUUUUUUUUAAA